AGUGAAUUCUAUUGCAGGAGUCAAAACGCGGCAGCUGCCCGGUUCAUGUUGGCGGGAGCCGAGCGGGCAGUGUGUGCGUCCUCGCAGUCGGGCCUGGGCGCCGCGGACGGCGCUCCCCGCUUCGGGCAGGCAGGAUGCGGGUGGCUGUGGCCGGCUGCUGCCAUGGCGAGCUGGACAAGAUCUACGAGACGCUGGCGCUGGCGGAGCGGCGUGGCCCGGGGCCCAUCGACCUCCUCCUGUGCUGCGGCGACUUCCAGGCGGUGCGCAACGAGGCCGACCUGCGCUGCAUGGCCGUGCCGCCCAAGUACCGUCACAUGCAGACCUUCUACAGGUAUUACUCUGGAGAGAAAAAGGCCCCAGUUCUCACAAUCUUCAUUGGGGGAAACCAUGAAGCCUCAAAUCAUCUGCAGGAGUUACCCUAUGGAGGCUGGGUGGCACCAAACAUUUACUACUUAGGUUUGGCUGGUGUGGUGAAAUACCGAGGCGUGAGGAUUGGCGGAAUCUCGGGGAUCUUCAAAUCUCAUGACUAUCGAAAAGGUCAUUUUGAAUGCCCCCCUUAUAAUCCAUCUACAAUAAGGAGUAUAUAUCAUGUGAGAAAUAUUGAAGUCUAUAAAUUAAAACAGCUGAAGCAGCCUGUAGAUAUAUUCUUAUCUCAUGAUUGGCCAAGAAGUAUAUAUCAUUAUGGAAAUAAGAAGCAACUUCUUAAGACUAAGUCUUUUUUCCGACAAGAAGUGGAAAAUAACACGUUAGGAAGUCCUGCCGCUUCCGAGCUUCUAGAGCACCUGAAGCCUGCGUACUGGUUUUCUGCACACCUUCAUGUGAAGUUCGCAGCCUUGAUGCAGCAUCAGGCCAAGGAUAAAGAACAGACAGCCAAAUCAACCAAAUUUUUAGCCUUGGACAAAUGCUUACCACAUAGAGACUUCCUUCAGGUAUUAGAAAUAGAACAUGACCGCAGUGCCCCUGACUACUUGGAGUAUGAUGUUGAGUGGCUCACUAUUCUCAGGGCUACUGAUGAUCUCAUUAAUGUGACCGGGAGCCUGUGGAAUAUGCCUGAAAAUAACGGCCUGCAUACAAGGUGGGAUUAUAGUGCAACAGAAGAAGCUAUGAAAGAAGUGUUGGAAAAAUUGAAUUAUGACCUCAAAGUUCCAUGUAAUUUUAGCAUAACAGCUGCUUGUUAUGACCCUAGCAAGCCACACAUGCAAGUGCAGCUGGUUCAUAGGAUCAAUCCUCAGACUACUGAAUUUUGUGCCCAACUUGGCAUCACAGACAUUAAUGUCAGGCUUCAGAAGGCCAAGGAAGAACAUCACUUGUGUGGUGAAUAUGAAGAGCAGGAUGAUGUAGAGAGUGAUGACUCUGGAGAGGACCGGAGUGAAUACAACACGGACACAUCUGCACUGUCGUCUAUUAAUCCAGAUGAGAUAAUGCUAGAUGAAGAAGAUGAAGAUGAGGACAGUAUUGUAAAUGCAGAUAGCAACGUCACUACACCACCUGUAGAACCUUCUGAUCAAGCUUCUGACUUGUCUGCAAGUUUCUCUGAUGUCAGGAUCUUGCCAGGUUCCAUGGUUGUGUCUUCUGAUGAUACCCUGGGUUCCCCAGCUGGUGGAGAGGGGAAGCUUGAUAGGGCUGUGGAAUCAGAGGACAGCAAGGACCUAACAGAGGAGCCGUUGAAGAGGCUGAGUGAUGAACAUGAACCUGCACAAAGAAAGAAAAUUAAGAGGAGAAAUCAGGCCAUCUAUUCUGCAGCUGAUGAUGAUGAUGAAGCAGCAACAUAAGGCAGUUUACUUGUCUCAGUAUUGUAUUAUGUACAAAUGUGAUUUUGGAGACUCCAUUUUUUAUAAUUGGAUUUUUGACUCAGGCUUAACUUUGUAAUAAUGAGAUUAUCCCUGGAAAUUCCAGGUAAAUAUUUACUUUGGUCUUUAGGUCUUUGUAUGUUUCAUAUAUGAACAUUAAAAUUUCAUAUAUUUGCUUGAUUGGGUACCCUUUUUUUGGGAAACAUGAGUAUGUUACUCACUUUGUUGUUUUCAGCACUAUUCUCUGAGAUGGAGCUAUAAAAAUGAGUAAGAGGAAUUUUUGCCUUCAAGGAGUUAUUACCACUGUAAAUAUUUUAAUGUAUAAAAUAUAGUAUAUUUUGUUUUACAAAGUUACAUCAUUGUAUAUGUAAUUAUGUAUACUUUCCUCUCAUUUAUUACAAAUAUUGCCUUGUCAGCUGCUAAUCUGUCAAAUAUAAAUUAAAAUUGAAGAUAGUAGAUAAAAUUUAACGAAAUAUAAAUACUAAACGUUUGUAAAUAUAAAAUCUUAUACUUAAUUGCUGAGAUUAAUAUCCUAUUGACUUUUGUAUGUUUUAGCUUUAUUUUUAAUGUAGCUAUCAUAAGUGCAUACAGGUCAUUUCUGGCAUAGUUCAGCUUACUAUUAAUUACUAACAAGGAUCAAGUUGCUCAAAUGCAGCUGCUCAUACUGUGUGAUUGAUUGCUAGUAGUAAAGUAUUCUUGAAGAUUCAUGUAGAAAAACUGUACCUCUGUGCUGAGUCUAGUUCAGAUACCUGGGCCACCAGUGGAGACGUCGCCCUGUACUUGGAUCUUGUUACUAGAUAGCAUCCCACAGCAGUCCAAAUCCAGGAGCCCAUCUAGAAGAAUAAGGUAGCAGUUGGUUUCUAUUUUAUCAGCACUUGAAUUAAUAAAAGUUUAGGAAUUUGGGGCUUUUAUCUUUAUUUUUUUCCAUUUUUCCUUUUUUUUUUUGACUUGAAUGUUUAAUUCACUUAAUUAUGAUUUACAUAAAGUAUUUACAGCUAUGAAUUUCUCUGUGAUUGCUAAUUUAAUUGAAUCUCAUACAUUUUGACAUUUAAUGCUUUUCUCAGAAAUUCUAAAUAAAGAUUGAAGCACAAAGUACUUGGAAAACCAAUUCUAGAGUUAGUAAAUUGUAGUUUUCAAUUGUAGUGGGUAGUCUAGCUUACCCACUUCGGAAAGAAGCACAAAUACAAAAAAAGGAAGAAAUUGCUACUGAAACAGAAUCUUCAAACAAACAUAAAAUUACUCUGCAUAACUUGAUAUAAAUAAAUUUGAUAAAGCGGUGGUUAAUGUCCUAAGAAAAUAGGACUUACUGAUAAUUCAUCCUAAAGCAAAUUUCCAUAGGCGUAGAGGGAAAUAAUCAGAGAAUUAACCCCAUGAAAGUCCUUGUCCAAGAUGGUUUCAGGAGGGAAACUACCAAACUGAAUAAUCCCUGAUGUUAAAAAAACUAUUAGAGGAUAGAGAAAAUAAAGUCUAAGUUUUCUUUUUCUGAAUAUCAUUGAUGCCUAAGAUUGGCAAAAAUUAUACAAAAAGCACAAAUCAAUCUUACAUAGUACAUAUGAAUAUUGAUGCAAAAGUUCUAAAUAAAAUAUUGACAGUCUUGCACAUUUUAGGAUGA